UCAGACUUUAAAUCUUUAUCUUUAAGAGACGAAGGGAAAUCUGAUUUCGAACGCGAUCCAAGAAGACCGAAGGGGAAAGAUGAGCACUUCACCGGAUGGAGUUUUUUUCGGAAGAUUCAUUCAUUCACUCUUUCUGGGAAAAUAAUGAAAUUACUGGGUGGUGCAUGGAGAGCUUGAAGAUAAAGAUGAAGAUGAAGGAAGACUCGAAGAGGAGGAGAAAAUAUGGUGGGCAGCAUGAGAUAUCAUCCUGCGCAAGUUCAGCGUGAUUAGUAUAGAUUGAAAUUACAGGUGGACGGCAGAGCAUUACAGCAACCAGGAAGAACUGACGAUGAGAUAAAGAAAAUGUGGAACACCCACUUGAAGAAGCGACUCUUGUGCGUGGGACUCGACCCUCGAACCCACAAGCCUCUCUUCAGCUACUGCGCCCCCUCCAAUGCCUCCAAAUCCACCUGCCACAUGGCUCUGUGGAGAGUGCCAGCAGGCACGAGGCCGAGCUCGCCUCUCCAAAGAGACCUCACUUUUCGCCUCUCAUUCUUCCGCCUCCGACUCUGACUUCUUCCUCUGCUUGUGGUACUCCGAAGUCGGCGAGGCCUUCGGCAACUUCAACCGCCUUCUCUUCUUCCGGAUCCUCGUCUUCCGCCAAGUGCGGUGCUGCUACUGCUCCAACGACACGUUCUUUACAACGUUGAACUCGCGUGGAGGAAGAAGGAUGGCGCACGAUGGUUUUGCUUUGGAUCAUCCAGUACCUGGUUGACACCUGUCCCCCAUGAGUCAAAUUUCUUUUUUUUCCCCAAACAUUUCAGAUUUAAGGUAAUGAGAAGUUACAACUUAAAAAAAAAAAAUGGAAUGAUAUUAC